UGAACCAGACACAAACAAACAGAGAGGGCGAGAGAGAGAGAGGGAGAGAGGGAGGAGAGAGGGAGAGACUCACACAUUGAGUGAGUGGGGAGACAGACUGAGAGUACGCCAGACUGAGCAGACGAGGCAUAUUUCGAGCGCACAUUAGGAGUGCGUAAAACCGCAGGAGCGCAUAGAAACACGGUACCCGGUGAUUGUGCUUUGGAUAAUACGAGUUCUGUGUCUAGGAGUUGUCGACUUUAAUCGUGUCUGCGUACAGGAACAGCCCCUGUGAAUUCAGCAGCCGUCAGUUUUCUGAAUGGACGCGCUGGGAAGCUUCUCCGGUGACAUGGAAAUGCGCGUUAUUGAGCGUGUCGCCGGAUGCUGAGGACGCCCGAUCCGAUAAGUCAAUUCCAGCUUUCAUUUUGAGUUUUGAACUCUCUUUUCCGACCGGCGACAACAUGGAGGGCACGAGCUUCCAGCCCCAUCCCGGACUUCAACAAACUCUGAAGCAGUUUCAUCUGAGUUCCAUGCGCUCGCUCGGCGGACCGGCGGCGUUCUCCGCUCGGUGGCACCAGGACGCACUCUUCGGUAAAGAUGGAAAAUCCGUCGAGAUGAUGCUCACCCUGCCGGCUCAGACACCCCCGGUGAUGUCCGGUCCACUUUUCAUCCCGUCCGACCGCUCCACGGAGAGGUGUGAGACGGUCCUGGAGCGGGAGCCCAUCUCCUGCUUCGUGGUCGGCGGCGAGAAGCGACUCUGCCUGCCGCAGAUCCUCAACAGCGUCCUGAGAGAUUUCUCCCUCCAGCAGAUCAACUCGGUGUGCGACGACCUGCACAUCUACUGCUCCCGGUGCACGGCGGACCAGCUGGAGAUCCUCAAAGUGGUGGGUAUCCUGCCCUUCUCGGCUCCGUCCUGCGGGCUGAUCACUCAGACGGAUGCUGAGCGCCUCUGCAACGCGCUCAUCUACGGGGGCACUUACCCUCCUCACUGCAACAAGGAGUUAGGCUCCCUGGAGUUGGAGCGAACCGAGAAGAGCUUCAAAGUCUAUCAUGAAUGUUUCGGCCGGUGUAAAGGCUUGUUUGUCCCGGAACUGUACACCGGCCCGAGCGCCGCCUGCAUCCAGUGCAUGGACUGCAGACUCAUGUUCCCACCUCACAAGUUUGUGGUUCACAGUCACAAGAGACUGGAGAACCGGACAGUCCACUGGGGAUUCGACUCAGCCAACUGGCGGGCUUAUGUGCUCUUAGACCCGGACUACACCGGCAAAGAGGAGAAGAGUCACCUGGAGCAGCUGCUUAAAGAGUUAAAAGGAAAAUUUGACCUGGCGGGCAAGCGGUCCAGUAAAUCAUGCAGAUCUCCCAGCCCGGUCCCUGCCAAGAGGUCCAAAUUUGACAAAUUACAAUCUCCAUCAGCUGACAAAGACAGGAAACCCGACUGGCUACAAUCGCUGUCAAAGUCUGCACACAAGGAUCUGAAACAGGUCCAACUGAAACAGAGGCCCUCUGCUUUCCGCCCCUGGUCUCCCAAAGCAGCAGAAAAAGAGAAACCAGCUACUCAGAAUGAGGUGGAGAGGUCCUACUCAAAGAGUCACGAGACUUUGGCGGCUCACAAUCUGACACCAGCUCCCCUGGCCCCACUGGUCCAUCCCAGAGACAGCCACGCUCCUGGCAGGGGACACGCAGCCAUUUCCAGGCCGCCGCCAGAGCUGCACAAUGGAGACGCACACCCUGCAGCGAAACUGGCCCCCUCCUGUGCCGCCAACCAACCCGACGACAUGGACACAGAUGGAGAGAUUGAUGUGGACGACUGUGAUGAUCGUCCAGUGCCAUCAUGA